AUGAUUGAUAAGAAUAGUAGAAAAAGAGUACCUCUAAUAGAAACAAAUGCCAAUAAAGUAGCAUUGCCAACAAUGUGUGCAACAAAAAUAAAUAAAACUGAGCUUUUGAAAGUUACACCGCUCAUAAAAAACACCGGUAUCACUGUUAUCAAUAAAGAACUACCAGUCUCACAUUCUAUCAAUAAUAACAAAAAACAAAUAGUAGCUGACGUUGAAGAAGAAAAAGAGGGAAAAAACGAAAAAUUAACUGUGAUAGCAGAUCAACAACCACGUCAACAAGAGGAAGAAAAAGACGCCGAUGUUACAGAGUUACAUGUCUUAAAAAAACUGAAACAUAACAACACUACAAAAAUAAAAGCAACAAAAUUCUGCAAAAGGUCAAUUGAUGGUGCCUUAUUUCAGGAACAUCCAAAAAUUUUACCCGUUUUGUCAAAUAUUAAUGCUUUAAAUACAACGUUAACUAAUAAAAGAAAAUUUGCAAUUAUGAAGUCUAAAACCAAUAACAUUACCAGUAGUAAUGCUAAAAAAACUUCUUCUAUAAACACUACACUCAAAACAAACAAUCAAAAAUUAAUCUCAGAUAAUAUUAGUGCAAAAAAACUUGUUAAGCAGCCAAAAAAAGCUGUUGUCAGUAAUAGUUUAGAUAUGAAAAACUGGCAACAAAAUUGGAAGCAAAUUAUGAAAAAAGGUACACGUAUAUAUUUUGACAUAAUUAAUGAUGCUGUUGUUGCCAAUACCACUAAUAAUAACAGUCCCAAUAACAGCGAUAUAAAUGAAACAUACAUUUUGUUAAGGAAUGCCUUUAUUUCAUUAGGCGCUGAAAUCAAAUCCUUCUUUGAUACACAUAUUACUAUUGUAAUUACCACUAGAAGCAAUAUAUCUGAUUAUUCCAAAUUACCUGAAAAUGAUGUUUUAAAUAAGGCUCAUCAUGCUUAUAUGAAAAUUUGGAAUUUUGAUAAAGCUCAACGGUUUUUGAAAAACUUAGAUGUUGAUAUUCAUAAUUACAAUGUUCCACAAGAUAAUUAUCAUAAUACUGAUUCCUCAAUGAAAAAUAAAUCUUUGUCCCAUUAUUUAAAAAAUGAAAAGCUUUAUGGCCCCACUGAUAGAGAUCCAUUUUGCAAAAGGGAUGAUAUUCAUUAUUUUAAAUCAUUUGUCCCUCAUUUAUACAUUUAUGAUCUAAACCAACAGUUUAGUCCCAUUAUUGCCAUAGAAUGGCCCAAAAAUGAUAACACUAACAAACCAGUAGGCUAUCCAAAAAUUAAAUUUGGCUCAUUGGGAAGAUGCCCCUUUGUUGGAGAUGAAGGAUAUGAUGAAUUACAACCCCGUCGUAUUUUGAAAAGAUAUAAAAGAGAUAAGUUAAAUGAAAAUUAUGCCCUGAUAUUGCGUAGGUUAUAUAGCGAAACAGCUAAUCCUAAUCCAAGUAAUAAUUUAUAUAUCAUUGACACUAAAUAUAUGGAUUCAGAAAAGUUGUACAAUGAAGAAUUCAAAAUCAUAAAGGGAAAUAUGAAAAACAGUGAUGCUACUAACCUUGGGAACACUUUGACUACUGAUGGCGAGAAUAGACCCGAUAAAUGCGAUUUAUCUAUAACCAACAGAUUACCCCCAAAGGCUACGUGGAAAAGACAAAAUCUAGAUAACGAUGGUACCACGACUAUCAAUUGUAUUGAAAACAAUAGUAAUGAGAAGCGUGGUCCUCCAGCGUUAAUAAGAUUUGAAACCGCCGAAUUUGAGGAAUCUCAAAGGAAAAGGUUAACUCCAUUUGAGAUCAAGGCAAGUGGCGUCAACUUAUCUAACGACACAGGAAAUGGACUAGCACCAACUAAGAGUUCUGUUGUUAAUAAAACUUUGCAACAUUUAAACAAGUUGGUUGUAGAAAGGAAUAAUAAUAGUAAACCACCGACUUUAAAUAACAUGGGUGGUGCUUCUACUUCGAUUUCUAAUGCUACAUCUAAUAGCACAAGUGUUGCCACUACUGCUGUAAGUGCCACGUUAAAUGUUACUAAUAGCGGCAGAACUGGGGGUGCCUCAAGCACAAUUAACCAUAACAACACAUCGAAAUUUAACAGCACUAAAAUAAAUAAAAUAUUUACCAUCAAUGAUUCUUCACUUAAGCAUGGAAUUAAGAAUAACACUUCUACAGUGACAAAAAUUCGUACACCAGCACAACCACAACCACAAGCUAUUAAAGAUAAGAAAUUAGGUGGAGGAUAUUGUGAGAAUUGUCGUGUUAAAUACGAGAGAUUAAGUGAACAUAUUAAAACGGAAAAGCAUCAGGAAUUUGCGAAUAACGACUUGAAUUUUAAAGCUAUAGAUAGUUUGAUCGAAGACUUACAUGUAGCUAUUGCAUUAGAAAGCCCUACUAAGAUAAACAAAUUGCAUUAUUAA